GACAACUCUGUACCUCCUUUUAUACACACACACACGCACAUAUAUGUAUAAUAUAGGGUUUGAAUGUGAUGUUUGGAGUUUGGGAAUGUGAAGGUUUUACUGAUUUCUGUGAUGGGUUUGUGACGUACAAGGGUUUUUCUGCAAUGGAAGCUUUGUAAUUGUUUGUUUGGGGGGGUGUUUUUGACGUUUUGUGGAUACAGAAAAAGAAAAACAGUAUCUUUUUGUUCUUGGGUUUUCAGUUUUAUGCUUUUUGGGGGUACAUUUUGUCUAAAUUUGGUUAGACAUUUUGGUUUCGGAUUUAUACUUUUUGGGUUUUUGAAUCAGACUGUGAAGACUCUUUUGCUCAUUUUGAAGUUCUCUGUUUUGGGUUUGGGUUGGAGAGAUUUGGUGAAGACUUUUUGCCUGGUGCUUUGGUUUGGAAUUGGCUUUGUUUGGUGGUGUUGUACGAGUGGGUUGUACGAGCCAGUUUUUGGGAAGUUGAUUAUAGAAAUGAUACAGGGUUUUUGAAUGGAUUUUGAAUGAGUUGGGGCAGAAACCUGAGGGUUUUGAAGCUGAUGGUAGAUUGAAUGCCCAGCAAUGUCGAGGAUUGCAAAGUGGAAGAUUGAGAAGACAAAAGUAAAAGUGGUCUUUCGGCUACAAUUUCAUGCUACACAUGUUCCACAAGCUGGGUGGGAUAAGCUAUUUAUAUCUUUCGUUCCUGCUGAUUCUGGAAAGGCAACAGCAAAGACGACCAAAACAAAUGUGAGAAACGGGACAUGCAAAUGGGGAGAUCCUAUCUAUGAAACGACAAGACUUCUCCAAGACUCCAAAAGCAAACAAUAUGAUGAAAAGCUAUACAAAUUUGUUGUGGCCAUGGGUUCUUCACGGUCUAGCAUCCUUGGUGAAGCUAGCAUCAACCUUGCUGAUUAUGCUGAUGCACUGAAGCCUUCUGUCAUUUCACUGUCUCUACAUGGAUGUAACUCUGGAACUAUAUUACAUGUCACAGUCCAGCUACUAACUUCUAAAACUGGAUUCAGAGAAUUUGAGCAGCAAAGGGAACUCAGAGAGAGGGGUUUGCAGACAGGCACCGAUCUGAAGAGGCAUGAUGACUUUGGUUCUGGGAAAGCAUCAUCUUCUGAAGAGAUUGCCAAUGAUCAGAUGGACAAGGUCAAUGCAAGAGUUAGAUUCAGGCCAGAAUCUAAAGAGCUUCCGACACUCGAAGAAGAGGCGGGCUUACCAGAAGAUUCUGCAGACUCAGCUGCUGGAUUUGAUGGAUCGUCGCAUACUUCAGAAAGUUUAUAUGCUGAAAAGCACGAUACCUCUAGCACACACGAGAAUGAUAGCCUGAAAAGUACAGUGUCUGGUGAUUUAAAUGGACUUUCCAACUGUCAAAGCCCUCAGAUAGAGAAAGGGGAUACAUCUGAUCACCGAAUUUUGUUGCAGCGAAGCAGUGAUUGGGUUCAAGGAUGGAGUUCAGACUAUUCCAUGGAUAAUGACUUAUCAAUUGCUUAUGAGGAGAAUAGUAGACUUAGAGCUAGUUUGGAAGUGGCUGAGUCUUCUAUUGUUGAGCUUAAGUUGGAGGUAAGCUCUUUACAAAGUCAUGCUGAUGAAAUAGGCAUUGAAACACAAAGGUUUGCUCAACAACUUUCUGCUGAGGUUUCUUCAGGAGAACAACUGGCAAAUGAGGUGUCUGUCAUAAAGUCAGAAUGUUCAAAGUUAAAAGAUGAUCUUGAACGGCUUAAAAAUCUAAAAUCGAACCCUCAGUUUGUGAACAGGGAAACUAGUAACACCAACCAGGAUCAUUUAUUUGAAGGCAUACAGCUCAGAUGGCUGAAGGGGAUUUUGUUAGUGGAGGAUAAGAUAAGAGAGCUUCAAAACAAGUUAUACCUCAGCUUCCAUGACAGAGACUUAAGGUUUCUUCCAGCAGACUUGGAGGCAUUGCUCAUUGUUUUGCAACAACUUAAGCAAGGAAAUGGGGAAGCAAUUUCUCUUCUGAAGUUACCAUCAGAAAGCACAAAUGUAGAGGAGAUCAGAGAAAUGAGUUCAUGUCAAAGUGAACAAUUUGUAACGGGUAAUGGGUUUGAUGUGGACUUGUAUCAGCUACCAGACAUGCUUCAUUGUUUAAGCAUACCUGGGCUAGUGUCUCGAGAACCAGAUUCUAUUGGUGCUACCGAUGCAAUGGAAGGCAAAAUCUUUGAACUUUUAAGGGAGUUGGAUGAAGCAAAAACUGAACGAGAAGGCCUUGUUAGAAAAAUGAACCAGAUGGAGUGCUACUAUGAGGCUCUUAUUCAGGAGCUUGAGGAAAAUCAAAAGCAAAUGCUAGGAGAGUUGCAUAAUCUCAGAAAUGAGCACUCUACCUGCCUGUACACCAUUGCAACCACCAGAACUGAGAUGGAAUCAAUGUGCCAAAAUAUGAAUGAGCAGAUCUUAAAAUUGACCGAAGAGAGACGUGAUUUGGAUUCCAUUAGCAAGGAGCUUGAAAGAAGGGCUAUUACUUCAGAAGCAGCACUAAGGAGGGCUCGCUUGAAUUAUUCCAUUGCAGUGGGUCAAUUACAAAAGGACCUUGAUCUGCUUUCUUUCCAGGUUUCAUCUAUGUUUGAGACUAACGAGAACCUUAUUAAACGAACUUUUUCAGAAACUUCACAAAUAUUCUUCCAAGGAGACACAGAUUCAGUGCCGAUCCCAGAAGAAUCUGAGGCUGCUAAACCCGUGCAGUAUCAUAAUCAAAAUGAAGGGAUAAAUAAACAACUCUUGGGUGGAGAUAUUCUUUUAGAGGACAUGAAAAAAUCUCUCCUCUUGCAGGAAGGGCUUUACCAGAAGGUUGAAGAAGAACUCUCUGAGAUGCAUUUGGUAAACCUGCAGUCGGAUGUUUUCUCAAAGAUUCUACAAGAAACUUUGCUUGAAGCAAGUGCUGACAUUGUCCUUACGAAAGAGACAAUAGAUGAACUCUCGCAGCAGUUAGAGUUUUCAGUUGAGUCCAAGAAGUUGUUGACACUGAAGCUGCAAAAGGCCAUGGAGGAUGUUCAGACCCUGAACGAGUGCAAAGCUAGUUGUAUUGUCAAGUGCAGUGAUAUGGCUCUGAAGAAUCAAAUUUUAGAGGCAAAGUUAGAAAGCCUUUACAAUGAAAAUUGUCUCCUUGCUGAGAAGAUUACAGAAUGGGCAUCACUGAUGAGGGAAUGUGAAAGCAAAUAUGAAGCUUGCUUUGCUGAGAAGACAGAGCUGGCAAAUUUAUUAAAACAGGAUACUCUGGAAAAUGGGAAUCUUCAAAAUAAGAUAUCCUCUUUGAAAGAAGAAUUGAAAACUGUUAAAGUUGAAUAUGGUGAGCUGGCUCAUUCAAAGGAAAAUCUGCAGAGAAUUGUCAACUUUCUGGAAGAUAAGUUGGGGAGUCUGUUGGCAUCUUAUGACAAGCAACUCAAUGGAUUGUUUUCCUCAAUGAAUUCUGUGUGUCAUGAUUUGGGGUUGAGGGACUUCAUGGGUAUCAUCUUGCAAUUGGAAGAGAUCCAGCGUAGUGCAUGUGAAAAGAUUCUUCAACUUUUGGAAGAGAAGAAAAAUCUAGAGGAUGAAAUAGAUAUUGCUAAAGUGUCCUUAAGUACUGCCAAAUCAGAUAUUCUGGUAAUGAAGCAGAAGUUCAAGCAUGACAUACCGAAUAUGGUGACUAAACUAGAAGCGUCUAAUGCCCUUGUGGAAAAGCUUCAGUUGGACCUUGAGGCUCUUUCUAAUAAACUCCACAUAAGCUCUGAAGCUGAAGAAAAAUAUGCACACCAAAGCAAAGAGCUUUUUGCUGAUCUGGCUCUUAUGGAAGCCGAGUUGCAUCAGCUUACUGCUAAGAAUAUGGACCUUGCUAAAGAGAUUUUGGGCUUGGACACUGUAACUGAGGAACUUGGAAGGAGUAAGUUGACCAUUACUGAGUUAACACAUGAAAAGCAAGAUCUGAUGAUGUCUUUACAGGAUAAAACUGAGGAAUCUGUCAAGCUGGCUGCUGAGCUUGAUGGUUUGAGAGAAAGUUUGAGAUUUAUGCAUGAUGAGUUGCACAUUGAAAAAAGCUUUAGAGUUAAACUAGAGGGUACUAUCAUGAAUCUUACUUCCCAAUUGAAUGAGAAGCAUGACCAGUUGCUCCGUUUUUCCCAGCAGGAAACUGAAUUGGUCCAUUUCAGACAACUUGCAUCAGAUCUAGAACUAGAGAAGUCUAGGGUCUGCCAUAUUUUGCUGCAGCGUGAGGAAUUUCUAGAAAAGUUUCAUGAAAAAUCUUCUUGUUUUAUUGAUCAGGAAAUUCAGUUGUCAGAAAUGCAUAAUUAUAUAAUAGCUGCAGAUGUUGAAGUAAUCUUCAUUAAAUCUCAGUAUGAAAACCGAAUUGAGGAGCUUGCCUUGCAACUUCAGUCAUCAGAGAGGCACCUUGGGGAGAUUUCGCAUUGCAUUGAAGAAAAAGCAGACUUGGUGACAACUGUUGAGUCCCUGAGAUCCGAAUUAGAAGCCUCUAUUGCUCAAAAUGGACUUCUUGUAGAUUUAAAUGGUGUUAUAGCUGUUCAAUUGGAGGAAUACAAGAAGAGGGUGGCAACAUCGGAGGUUAAUUUUUCUAAGGAAAAAAAUGGGCAUACUCGGGAGGUAGAACAGCUGAAGCAUGUGUUGGAGCAUUGUGAAGUGGAGAUUGAUAAAUUGAUGUCGUACAAGGAAGAAUUGGAAGUCACUGUCAUAGUUCUCAAAUCCAAAUUGAAUGAGCUGCAUGCUCAUAUAACCUCACAGGAAGAAUGUAAUGAUGAACUGAUGAUGCUGCAGAAACACUGUAAUGAGCUUGCCCAAAGGCUGUCUGAACAGAUUUUGAAGACAGAAGAGUUUAAGAACUUGAGCAUCCAUUUAAAGGAGCUUAAAGACAAGGCUGAUGCUGAAUGUCGCCAGGCUCGUGGAAAAAAAGAACCUGAAGGACCAUCAGUUGCUAUGCAAGAGUCAUUGAGAAUUGCCUUCAUCAAGGAACAGUAUGAAACCAGGAUGCAAGAAUUGAGGCAACAGCUUUCUAUUUCCAAGAAGCAUGGAGAGGAAAUCCUCUGGAAAUUACAAGAUUCCAUUGAUGAAAUUGAGAAUAGGAAGAAAUCUGAAGCUUCUCACUUGAAGAGAAAUGAAGAGCUAUCACUGAAGAUCUUGGAAUUGGAGGCUGAAUUACAGUCCUUAGUUUCUGAGAAAUAUGAAAAGAUCAAUACUUUUGACCAUACAAAGGCUGAAUUGGAAUGUGCACUAUUAAGCCUUGAAUGCUGCAGGGAAGAAAAACAAAGGCUUGAAGCUUCUUUGCAUGAGUGCAGUGAGGAGAAUUCUAGAAUUUCAAAUGAACUUUCCCUGAUGAAAGGACAACUGGUGAGCUCUGUAUCUCCCAUGGAUGGUCAAAAGGAAGAAAGUGAUGGAUCAGAUGAAGUUGGGCAGCAUGUAUUUAGUGACCGAGUUUUAGGAAAGGCUUAUGAAGAAAAUGCAGUUGCAGGUACACCAGGCCUUGAAAGUGUAACUGCAGGCAGUGCUGCGGAUGGUUCAAUUGGAAUCCCCUUUUGCGUGGACCGAGAUAGUUUAAUGCACUAUGAAGAAGUUGAUGCAAGGUCAGUUCCAAUAGUUGAAGGUGAACAUUCAACUGUACCCAGGAAUGCACAACCUGUUCAGCAGGACAUCCUUGCAUCAGAAAGUGUACAUGGAAUUUCAAAGCAUGCAUUUGUAGAGCAAGUGGCCUUUCCACACAAUGACUCAAAGCAUCUAGCAGUUGUCAAUGAUCAUUUUAAAACCCAGUGUCUGAAGUCUAGCAUGGAUAACCUACAUAAAGAGUUGGAGAGAAUGAAAAGUGAGAACUCCCUUCUUCAACAGGAUAAUCAUCAUUUUGACCCACAUUUGGAAAUUUUUCAGAGAGAAUUGAUGCAGUUACACAAAGCAAAUGAAGAGUUGAGAAGCAUUUUCCCUUUGUUUAAUGAAUUUCCGGGCAAUGGGAAUGCAUUAGAAAGGGUACUUGCUUUGGAAGUUGAGCUUGCUGAAACGCUGCGGGCAAAGAAGAGGUCAAGCAUCCUUUUACAGAGUUCUUUUCUAAAACAACAUGGUGAUGAGCAAGCCAUAUUCCAAAGCUUUAGAGACAUCAACGAGCUGAUUGAAGAGAUGUUGGAACUCAAGGGAAGGUAUGCUGCUGUGGAGACUGAACUGAAAGAGAUGCAUGACCGUUACUCUCAACUGAGCCUCCAAUUUGCUGAGGUCGAAGGAGAGAGACAGAAACUCACGAUGACGCUCAAGAAUGCCCGUACUUCCAAGAAUUUCACUCAUUUGAAUGCCUGGUAGGCACAACAAUGGUAUCCCCACAGUUCAACAAGUCUUGCAAAGCUAAUGGCAUCUACCAUGCUAUGUUUAACUUAUAUAUUUGACAUCAGCAUCUCAUGGGCUACUGACCUUUUGCAAAUUCAAAGAUCAGAAGUUAAGAUGCUGUUAUGUUUAUUUGUAAAUAAUGAAUGCGCUCGCUUGAUUUUCGCUCUUACAAUAUAGGGUGUAGAUGUCUGUAAUAUGCGGACCUUAUCCCUUUUUCUAUUUUUGUUUUUUUUUGUUUUUUUGCCUUUUCUCUUUCUGUUGUAAUUUCUCUGUAUAGAAAAUUAUAUUCUUUAUUAUCAUUAUUGAUCUUAUUUAAGUUCAUGCAAGAAAAGCCUUUU